AUGUACCUUCUUAUUGUGUUGGCUGUUCUUGCCGCGCAAGCAUUCACCUUUGGUGACGAUGAUUUCACCAUGGCUUUGGUAGGAAGGUUUUGUUUGUUAUUUCAAAUGUUAUGGUUUUAUUCUUUCUGAUGGCUUGUAUUUCAAAAACGUUAACUGACCUGCAGAAUCACAUUGAUUUCAUAGUCUGAGAAUACAGUCGACAUUUCCUGAUGCCUUUACUGUCGGGUUUCCUCGCGAAAUGACGACCACCGUCUGAGAAACGAACGCAAAAAUUUUCACACUGAUGACGCGCCACUACCCAGAUCUGGGUAGUGACAUGUAGUAACUUCAUCAGUACGGAAGUUUUGUUUCUCAGACAUCAUUUCGCGUGGAAACCAGCGGAGACGUCGCAAAAUGUCGACUGUUUUCUCAGGAUAUCACUUUCAGAAUCAGCCGGCCGGCAUUCAUAAGAGUCCCGAUUCCCUUAACCUUUUAAGCCCUAAGAGUGAUCAGCAUGAAAUUUCUCCUCAUAAUAUCAAUGCUCUAGAAAACAGUGGUCAUGAGAAUCGAGUACACGAUAAGUGAAGAUAAGUCUAUAAGUCCAAUUGAUAAUUCAAUAAAUUCUCCCCACUACUUCUAUUGAAAAAGUGUAGGGACAGUAAAUGAGAAUCUCAGUCUUAAUAUUAGGGUUUAAAGGGUUAACGCUAACGUGCGCCUUAUCUGCCUAAAUACCAUAAACUGCCGCAGCAUUUAUAGGCCUCCACUCCCAGUUAUAGGCCCAUACAUCCGAUUGCAAGCCCACUCGAAUAUAAGCCACCCACCCCCACCCUCCCCCCUCUGAAGUCAACAUAUUGUGACGUUUUGAAGCUCAAUUAAAAACCUGUAAUUACAAAAAGUAUUUUGAUCAGUAGUGCUCUAGAUAGUUUCGAAGCUAACCGCUUUUUCUAUUCUUGUUACAAACCCUUCAGAUGUAAACCCCUGCGUUUGUAAGCCGUCCUAAAAUCCUUUUCUAGCAUGUAUAAGGCAAAGGUUUACGUCAUAGUGUCUUGGAUGUUACAAAAGCUUAACUAUUGCGAGGGGGAAGUGGGUAAACUGGGGCGUUGUAGUCCUUCAGCUACCGUGGAAUUAUCGAUAUUACUCAUGAAAUCGGUUUUUCUUUCGCCAGAAUUUCUUGAAAAAGUAUCAAUACAUGUCUUCGACACGUUCUGGAAAUUACAUGAAUUCAGCUUUAAAAAAGUUCCAACAAUUUACUGGUUUGCAUGUUACUGGUAUUCUGGAUAAGUCCACUAUCGACCAAAUGAAGAAACCUCGUUGUGGAAUGCCGGAUUUUAGAGGCCACGUCAAGCGUUUUGCUGCCAAUUCCAAAUGGAGUAAAACACAUCUGACUUACUUUGUGAGGAAGUAUGGCGCUGAUUUAAAGAGAUCAACGCAGGACAAAAUAUUUGCUAAAGCCCUGAAGCUCUGGUCCGAUGUAUCGGGAUUGUCCUUCUCUAAAGCGAGAAAUGGACUCUCUGCCGAUAUAAAGAUAAGGUAAAAAUUUAACAUCUUUCACCCUCUGGGUUUUCAUUAGAAGUUAAAGGGAAUAAAAGACUAAUGUAUAGAUUUAUCCAGAAUUAAAAGUGAAAAAACUUCAAACGGUGAACUUGAAACCAUUGAGAAGAAUCCACAGAUCCAUACUUGACUUAGGGGAAGACCAUGUUACGUUUGAGGAAGAGGCUUUAUAGUCAAGAAACAAUUGCUGCUGCAAAAAGGGAACUUGAGCUUGAGAUCAAUUAAAAGCUAAUAACUGGUCAGCGAAAAACCGUAAUAAAAGGCGUGGCCCUGAUUAGUUGAAACCUGAGCCGGCCAUAAGGUCUUGUGAUACUGGUUAUCGGAUACCCUGACAGCCGUCAGUGUCAAUUGACCAUAACAUGGACGUCUAUCAUCAAGUUCUAACACAGAUUGCAGGCUCCCACACAAAUCAAAAAUGCUCCCUGUGGUGCGAACGGUAGGUAUGAAUAGAUUGUGCUAGUAAAUUCAGGAAAGGUGCUUCACAAUAUACCCAAAAGUUGCUCUAAAGUAGCUCAAAUAUCAAAAAGUUGCCACCAAAAGUUAGAAAAGUUGCUUGCUCUAGAGUCGUUUUUUUUAAGAUAAAUACUCAAAACGUGUUUGUUUGUUUGUUUGUUUGUUGCCAUUUAAACAUUUUCAUUAAAUAUUCUUACAAUGAUUAAAAGAGGCCAAAAGCCAUUGUUAUAUGACAAAUAUAAAUACUAUGUUGCAAUCAAUAAUUAUACUCUUACAGAUAUACAGAUAGCCGCUGUCCAGAUUUCAUGGGCGUAAUGCAAGUGUUAUUUUAUUGUCAUUUUAUUGUAUAUCCUUAGUUUUAAUAAAAUCAGUUUUGAUAAAACCAGUUUUAAUAAAAUCCUUCGAAAUGAAACGACCUUUUAUGGUUUGGAUCGGUUUUAUAUCAAUUUGUUGCUCAAAAGUUGCCAAGGAAGGCAAAAGUUGCCCUAGGUUGCUGGUACUACAAAGAGUUGCUCAAAACGCUAAAAGUUGCUCAAACGUUACCGAGCACAAUCUAUUUAUGCCUAGCGAACGGACAGGCGGACGUACGGUCACGAGACCACCCACAAUUUCUCGGUUUUCGUAACACCUUUCGUUUUCACAAGGAUUUUAAACGGAGUGAUUGAAAGGCAGAAGCGCAUGCUACUCCUUAAAUAGGGUGACACAUAAAAAAAAUAUGCGGUGCCAACUUUCCUCACUUGCAGCUGAUGGCUGAACUGCGGACGAACCAGAGAGGUGAGAUCGAACGUCAGCAUGUAAAGGCGCACUCUUGCAGCCACUUCAGUCCAUGUUUUUAUCACACCUCGCCCACACAGGCCAAGUCAGAUAGCCCAUGACAUCGGGGCUACGUCCCCUACUCUUUUCGAACAAUGUCACGGGUUCUUUUACGUCCCCUUACAACUAGAGUACAAGGAUGAAGGAGACAAGGCCAAGGGCUUAACGUCACCGCCCAAUGACGCGAUCAUCUGAACUUGGAAAGGGGUUUCACAUGAUAUAUGCUGGUACUUCAAGUUUGUAAUUGGCCCCUAGUACUCGUGACCUUGAUUGAGAGCAUGGACAUUUUAGUUUUAAAUUUCUUUUCUCAGUUUUGGUAAUAGGAACCACCCAGGGGGAAAUGGAGGAAGAUGCCCAGAUCGAUUCGAUGGACGUGGUGGACAGCUUGCGCAUGCGUUCAUGCCUGAAGACGGCCGUGCUCACUUUGAUGAAGCCGAAACAUUCACCGACAACAGCCCCCAAGGUACAAACCUUCUGUGGACUGCCACCCACGAAUUUGGUCACGUGCUCGGUCUGGAUCAUUCGAGUGACAGAGAUGCCAUUAUGUUCCCAUACUACCCAGAUUUUUAUCAUCCUAAUUUAAGCCUUGAACCGGAUGAUAUCGCUGGUAUUCAAUCACUUUACGGUAGGAAAUCUUUAGCUGUAUCUCCAUGUCUGAAGACUGUAAUUGGGUCAGUGUUCACAUAAGUGCCCAGCGAGUACGGUGCUCGGGCACCGAACACGGACAAAAAUGUGAACGCUGCCUAAAUCUGAACAAUUACCCCGGUGGGAGGUAGCAAAUUUGCCAAAAAUGACAAAAGUACCCACCUUAAAGUCAAGACUAUCAGAUUUAUUUACAUAAUGGGGAUUGCUUAAGGUACCAUGUUUUGGAUCCGCUUAUGUAAACCGUGCCCAUACCUAAAGAAAAACAGUUACAGUCAAACCCCUACGGACACUGAGGGGGCCAUAAAAAGAGUCCGUAUUAACGGGGUGUACUUAUUAAUCGGGUCGAAUUUAUAGAGAAAAUGUAAGGACUUUCGUUCCCAGGGAACAAAGCAAACUGUUCGUAAUAAUGAGGUGUCUGUAUUAAGCGAGUGAAUAGGGAGGUUAAGAUGUUACUACGACGACGGCAACGAAAACGUCAAAAAAGCCACAUAACGCGUUUCGGACAUUUCUUUGCCGUCACUGCAGGACUACGACGUGAAUUGCCUAAUUUCAAGUUUUAUCGACAACGUGAACACACGACGACGAAAGUCUCUUUCUCUUUUACAACUUGAAUAUUUUUCUUGAGAAUUCAACUGCAGGAAAAUUCGCCUACAUUAGACAAAUUUAGCGUGUUGGGAUAAUCGCGCCGAAGUUUUCGUUGCCGUCGCUGUCGUGGUAUCUAGAACUCCCUACUGUUCGUAAAGCGGGGUUUGACUGUUUUUCUAUUUGUUCAUUUCUUUACAGAAAAUAAGAGAAAAUAGUAAUUAGUAUAAAAAUUACAUUGAUGAUUAUCAAAAAAUAGAGCGCUAUGAUUGGCUAGGAGCUUCGCUUUAUCCUGCUAUAAUCACCGCGCGGCGAUUAUAACAUUGAAGGACAGCAGUUUUCAAAAUGGCAGCCAGAUUUUUUGAUGUUUCGGAGAUGAAAAUUGAUCAAUAAUUUUAUUUUCCCGAAUAAUCAUCAAUGUGAUUAUACUAAAUCAAUUAGUCGCCUCAGGCGACGUGAAUAUCGGCGAAUAGUCACCUCGACUUCGUCUCGGUGACUAUUCGCCGAUAUUUACGUUGCCUGAGGCGACUAAUUGUUAAUUAUUAUCAUGAUCAGAAAGAAUGAUAUUUGCUUAGACUAACCUGGAUCUCUGUUUUUUGUUUUAAUUGCAGGCAAAUAACUAAAGAAGGAGCAAGUAAGUUUUGUUAAAAAUUAAAUUAAAAUACUGCAGCUAAAAAAAUUAAGCCGAACUCCUUACACCCAGGUUAAAAGGGCAAGAUGAAUAAAACCCACGGAAGAAAAGAAAAGGAAAAAGGUCUGAAGAGGACAAUAAAUGGAAAACUGUAUUUUCUAGUCAUACGAAUUUUUAAGCUGAAAAGCUGUUCAAACAGCUUAAACUAAAAUUAUGUGAUAUUAUAUGAGCCUAUAAUUAGGCUCCAACCACUCGCUGUCCUCUCACAGAAGAAGUAAAGUCUCCAGAGAGAAAACAUUUUGUUAAGAUAAAGUAUUUAUAUUAUGAUUCUCCCUUUAGUCUUCUUGUUAAUGCAGUAUUAAUUUUCGUCUCGUAUAAUAAGAAUUUUUUAUUUCUUUUAGACAUGCAUGAGCAAGGCGAGGAAGUUGAGAAGCGCCCGCUAUAGGAUUUACAAGAAUUACAAAAAAAGUAGUCGAAUGAGAAUCAGGCUAUGAACUGUGUAACUGAUUAAAAAAGAGUUUGGAGAAUCAACAGAAAUAUCUUAUUUUAUGUGAGUUAGUAGACUGCAAUAUGGCCAUAUUUUUGCAUUGGUUGACGACGGAUUGACCGUCAAUCGAAAGUUCCCGGAGCGAGUGUGAAAUUAGAAACAGAUCGAGACUGUGAAUAGAUGCUGUCGGCACGAGGUGCUUAGAUUUUGGUGGAAAGAACCCGACUGUUUUUGCUACUAGGGGUUCUUCCAUAAGCAAGAAAAUUUGAUAUCAAAUAAGGUUUCCCAGGCACUUUGUUUUGUUCAUGACGCUAGGUUUUUGGAAAAGCGCGCGCCAUAUUGAAUGCUAGCAGAGAAAGGAUUUUUCCCAAGUCAUCUGUCAUCCGAGUAGCUGUGAAUUAGUUUAACACAACUGAUCCGCAACGUUAUACAGAAUAGAAGAAAGACAAAAUGGGACUUAAUUUGUUAAAUUUCACACGCCCAGCCGUUAAACUUUUGUCAAAUUGUCAUUAAAAUGGCGGCCACCAGGAAUCUGUGAAGUAGGCCUAAACAUAACAUGUGAUUGAGAAAAGCGGGGGAAAGAGAACUCCGCCAGAUAAAUUUUCUAUCACGAAUCAGAAUUGCCAAACGCCAACCAACCUCCCUCCAAUCGAAUUCCCACGAGAAGCUCAAGAAAUGAUUUUGUACUUGGGGAAAUCAAAACAACAGCUAUGUUUUGACGUCCUUCUUCAAAAAGCUAGCAAACUUUUUUUUUUAUAUUGGAGCAUUAUCAAUUUGCUCAGAAACUGUAUUUUAGCCUGCUUUGCAGCCGGCCCACGCACUCGUCAAUUCAGCGUUUAGAACCUCUAUUCGAAUAUCGAAAAAAAAAAAAAAAUCGGUCACAAGAAGGAGAAAACACAUAAGCCCGGUAUAGAGUUUAUUCACUACUGGGAUCAGGUGAAUUAUUAUACGUUUCUGGGAAACUGCCCACCUACUCCUCCCCUAAGCCAACAUUAACCUUUACUGCUCACUUAGGGCAAAAUAUUGGCUUGGGGGAGGGGUAGGUGGGCAGUUCAUUCAAGCCUUGUUGAAAGAACAUCUACCCUAACUUCAGUCAAUCAGAACAGGGCUUUUCAAGAGUAUUGUUUCUGAGCCAAUCAGAAAAAGGCCAGUUCCUAUAGCUUUUUUUACAUGUGAUCUGAUAAAUAAAUGUAUUUGAUGCCCUCUCCCUACCUGAUUUGGUAUUGGUGGAUCCGUUUGCCUAUUUCGGGUCGGACUUUUUGUACCACCAAGUCUCCAUUCGCACAUCUCUUAUAAUGCACUUUGCCUGCUACCCAAACUUUUGUAUGAGCAGGUCUUGUAAUACCCAGAAAGCAACGGUUAUGGGUUGCAAAUUACAACGUGCUUCGGGAGAUGCGCAAAUUGCGAAUAGGCUACUUCCGAGUUGUACCAAGUCUCGUUUUGAGAACGAGUGCAAAUGGGUUGUCUUUUCUGGAUGAAAAGCUUUCCAUCCCCAUUUUAUUAUAACUCAUUUUCAUCUAAAAGGUCUUUCAUUUUGCACCUUCCUCUUAAGAAGUAGCGAGCCUAAGCAACGACGACGACAACAACGUGAACGUAAAAAAUCGACAGGUUUACUCAGCAAAACAACAACUUUACGGAAAUCUUAAGCUUGACAUGUCUCAUUGUCCUAACGGAACGCACAAAAAAAAACCCAACAACAACAACUUGUCGCAUGGUGCGAUUGAUUUGCCAAAAUAAUAGCCUGCAUAGCUGGCGGUUUGUUUGACAUAGGCCGUUAGCGGUCGUCCCUCUUUUCUCAGAGUCGCGUGCGGCGGGCAAAAAAGUAAAAUUAUGCAAAUGAAUGGCAACAAAGGAGGAGAGAUUGGGGUGGGGAGAAUUUUUUCUUAGGUCGGGCUCAGUCCUCGUUUCUCGCGUCUUCACCGCUCGCCCUCGCGCGUGCCCUCGUUUCUCGUGCUCGCAUUCUACCGUGUCUUAAAAGAAAAAUAAGAGACUGCUCGUAGUCUUGUUUGACAAGAAGGAAAUAAACUUCGAAACCGUACGCGAUUCCUGUUCCAUUCUCCUCUCAGCUUCACUGUUAAUUCGCGCGCUCGACAGACAAAACCUCCAGCUAGGCAGGCUACCCUUCAACCCCCUAAAAAAGAAACUAUACAUAAAUAAAUAAAAUCAAAACAACAGUAGUGUUGCAAUGUGAAAAGUUUUAUUUUGUUUACAAUUAUGCAGUUACAAGUACAAUUUUACAAUUAUUGUUUACUUUUAAGUAUUGUAAAUAUCAAAAUACUUAAACCCAACAUAUCUGGCAUGGACCUUUUACUUGCUCAAAAUCGCUCGUGUCUUAAAGCCGGGCACAUAAGAUGGGAUGGCCGACUCUGAGCUCACGAACUGUAAGCGACGCCUUGUGAUCCGCACUUUUGUCCUAGAAUCAGUCACCGAUCAUGGGAGAGAAUGCAAACGAGCCUACUUGGAGCACGUCCACAGGAAUCUUUUGGCUUAAAACUACGUUAACAUUUAAAGGCGCGAAUAUGCUUUUAAAACACUUAUUAAGGCUAUUUCUACAUUAUACCGGAUAGUUCUUGUGCUGGCACGAAAGCCAUACCAUGCCAGAUAGGGCUUCUGUUCACACAUUAGAAAUGAAAGGCGAUUAGUAAGCGGAGCGAACCUGCGCCGCGCUGAUCUUGAAAGUGGAUCGUCUAUCGGAUAGGUUUCUUUCUGCAGCUCUUCGUGCCAGUGUGAACAGCGUACAUAGAUACCGGGCCGAAGCAUUUCUCAUGUCGACAUGAUAAGCUACAAAGUGAAUUCAUGGCCAGAAAUCGCGGACACGAAGCCCGCGUAACGACAGCGGCAUUCUCCUAUUUCGUAGACAAACAUGGCGAUUUGAAUUACAAAGAAAUGUAUGGAGCGAACAUUAUACUUGAGGAUAGAAAAAGUUUUUGCAUACCUGUAAAAUUUGUGAAGUCGGGAUUCAUUGGUAGAAAGUAUCCGUGAUCACAGCGUAUGCACAUUUAGUCUAUACAAUUCUGUAAACACCGUCCUUUUGAGGCUGACUGUAGCUGUCAUGUCGCUCUCUUAAUCCUUCUAUUUUAUGUGGUAAAUUGCUUAAAUAUCAGUCUUUCACCUCGGCUGGUCGCGUUUGUGGCCGAUUGUUUGAUUUAGUGAAGUUCAUUCCUGAAAUUCAACCUCGUGGGCCACGUGUAUAAUUUUCAGCUAAAUUCGAAACGAUUAACAGCGUCCUUUUUUGUGAUAAAAACACGACCGAAACAUAAUCUAGCUCCAUUGGAAUCUCACGCUAAAAUCCCCAAAAUCCACAGUUAAACAGCGAUAUUUCGGCCUUCCUUUGCUUAAUUUUGCCCCAACACCCAUACUUCGAAAGCUUUUUUCAUGGCCAACCUUUUGUGGUUGCCUGUUUUGGCAAUACUUCCAGUCAACGGUAUUAAUUUGGCACAAAACAAGCACGUAUUCCACGUCUCGAUCUGUCCCGAAGUAUGAGCCCGUCACGCAACUAAAAAUCAGCGGUUAAGAGCAUUAUUAAACAGCCCGAGUGUAAGACGCAGGGAAUGCGAUGUCUGUGAUUUCUGGCCAUGGUGGUAGUUCUAGUAGUGCUAAAAUACGCUUUCUUCGAGGGUCUUUCCGCAAUAUAAAUUAAUGAUUUAAAUAUGAAUUUCCUCAUAUUCCAUGAGUGAAACUGACAAAAUAGAUGGUAAAAUAAAGAAAACUCUAUGAGUAUCUUCCUUACGUUUGUCACACUUCGUCAGUUCGCACUUGACCAGUUUUUCUUAAGGGGCCCAAUGCAAAAAUGCCUGCUGGAUUAAUAUUCCAUUAUUUUAAUUAAAAUUAGCCUAACUGGCCUUGCUUGAGAUAAUGCGUUCUUUUGAAUUUUGUGCUGAAGAACGUGGCUAGUCAGCCUGAGGCUAAUUUUAAUUUUAACAAAAGAACAUUAAUCCAGAAGCCAUUUUUGCAUUGGGUCUAUGCAAGCCUAAAAUACAUCAUUAUUUUUAAGGUUGGACUGAGUCACUCCAAAUCUUGAAAAUUCCGGCUCAAGGGACGACUGCUGUAGAACAGAUUUGUCAGCCCUCAUUUUUUACCCCCCAAAAGACACUGCCUACCUUAACCUGUAACUUAAAAUAUGUUCUGGCAUUCAUUGGCCAUUUCUGAGUAAUUACGAAUGAUUAAGGAUAAUUUGCUGUAGAGUUCUCUCUUGUCGAACCAUCCUUUCAAUGAGAAGAACAGCGGGCAGAGGCUGACAACUGAAGCCCCGACGAUAAGGGCUAUAAAAAGCGAGAAAGUAUUGUGUUAGACUGAAAUGUAGGGACAAACGUUUGUUUUGGUCGGUGGGACUGAAAAAGAAAAGACUCUGAAGCAGUCCACCUAAGAGUUGUGAACUGAUCUUUAAAAGCAUUUUUUUUUUGAAGUUUAAGCAUUCACCACGAAAACAAAUCUGUGCUUCUUACUUUCGGGUACCUUCAGUUCAACCACUAAAUAGAGAGAAGAAGUCGUAGUUAUGUCACGUUGCCAUGGUAGCAAAAUUUCUGGAUGACAACAAACCGAAAAACGCUACUUUUAAAAAACUGUUUCAGACUCCAUCGAUCUCGUUCACUUUCAAUUAAUUUGUGAAAUGUUGGCUAAAUUUUCUGGGGUUGAAUUCGAAAGGACCGUAUUUAAGUUUAGAAAAAGGAAAAAAAAAUAAAGUUGUGUUCACCUAGUUUAUAAAGCGGACGCGUAAAACUGGGAAGUUUCACGUCGUAGUCGUGCUACGACGGCUAAGAAAUGUAGAAAAAAGUGUGAUGCACGUGCAAAGUUGUUAAUUUGCUAACAUAAAUUUUUUGCUUUUUUGCCGUUCUUGUUGCCGUCGCUGUCGUCGUUGCUUAAGCUCCCUAUUGUUGUGAUCCAAAGAUUUAAGCGACCAUGGAGCCAUGACGUCACACUUCUCUUCUCUAUUAAACAAAGCCAAGUAAAAAAUCCUUUUUUAUGAUCAUGACGUCAGCUACGAGUCUGUUUAGGUUAAAUCAGUAUCAAAUUCUUUUUCAGAUUGAGACUCGAAAUUGGUACUUAACAUUUUCCCCGUUUCCACUACAAACAAUUUUUCUGGAAUUUGACCAAGAGAGACGCACUGCUUCCUACUGUAUGACUAAACAUUAGAUUAAGAUGCCCCCGGUAAGCUACUGAUUAAACGCUAGGCUUAUAUUCAUUCGUUUGCCAUAGGACAGUUAAAGCACAAGAUUACAGACAUUACAAUGAAGCUUUCGCUAGAUCUAGCAUUCCUCCGAUAGGUUCUAUUAAUGGACUGAUCCUUUCAAAAGUAAAUAGGCUACUUGCAUCAGAUUCAAAUCUUUAAAUUCCUAUAUAUGCAUUGAAAACUUGGUAAAGACUCGAAGGUAGUUACUGUUAGUUGGCUUUACUAAAAUAAUUACUAGAGUAUUCAUUUCCUUUUUCUUAGAGUGAAACAGUAUCAAUUAGCUUACAGCCUACUUGUGAAAUAGAAUCUGUUGGAUAACGUUUGACCUGGCUCGACUUUAGGUGGAUCGACAGGUGAGGAAGCCUUAACUUACUCGCCUUACGACACAGAAGUCAGAUAAAGAUUAUAAUGCUAGACCUCAUGCCUUCCUUAAGACUCACACUCGUCUUUGACUCAUUUCUGUACAACAACACGAGCCCAUUUUCACGGUGGUUUAUUUUACCGUAACUAUCAACUGUAAUUAUGAUUUGUCUUUUCUCUCUAGUAUUUGAUUUCUUGGGAAAAACGUGCCUGUGGAGCCUUUUGACAAAAGGAAGGCGUUAAGGGUUUUUUCAGCAUUCAACCAGCAAGUUUUUACUUGACAGUUGAGGAAUCUGUUUAAGCUCUUAAAAUGUUGCUGAUCGUAUUAUCAAACGCAUGCUAACGGUAAAUUACAAGUACGUCUGAAAGAGACUAAGCUUUUACUGAAUUAAGGUAUCCUCGAACAAUGAGGGAAACAACAUAUUCAAGGCGAAGAAAAAAUCAUCGAGUCAUUCAUCGCAAUUGUUAGCUCAACAUUUAUAGAUUAUAGUUAACAAACAUACUAUACUUGGAGACUUGGAGGUACUAGCCUGUUCCAGGCAUUCACAUGAUGGAGAAUGUCGCGAAAUUGCUAGUGGAGAGUUUGCUUUGCGUCGCGUGAACCCACCAUAUGAACGCAUGGAAGAGGGUACAGAGGCAACCGAUCGUCUGCUUCUUAAUAUGCUUUAUGCCUAUAAUUAUCCAUUUUUAACUCUUCAGUAUGAGUGCGAAUAUAACGAGAAAUGA